CACAGUCAACAGUCAACCUUGGGCUGUAUACUGCAGGUGAUGGCAGGAAAAGAGUUUUAAACAAGAGGACAGUGCUUCUACUGUAGAAAAAAAGAAGAACAUUGGUGAAAAAGGCUAGGAGAAUAUAUGGGAUGGGGUGCGCCGGAUCAGUACCCCAAAUUGGGAAGUCUCUGAGUCUCAGGCACAGGCCUCCGGGGGACAGGGACAGAUACAGCCUGGACCCCACAGGCCUCGCCAAGAAACGGGGACUUCUGCCAGGGCAAGUUCUACACAACAGAAAUGCAGAGCAAGGAAACAACACACUGGUCGUCGCCCUUUACUCAUAUGAGGGCAGGAAUAGAGGGGAUCUUCCUUUCAAGAAAGGAGAAAGAAUGACAGUUCUGUCAGGGACGGGAGAGUGGUGGACAGCCAAGUCUCUGGUCACAGGGAGAGAAGGACUGAUCCCAGCCAACUAUGUAGCUGCCACUGAGAGCAUGGAAUGCAAAGAGUGGUUCUUCAAGGACAUCUCCAGAAGAGACGCAGAGAGGCAACUGCUCGCUCCCGCCAACAAACCCGGCGCCUUCCUUAUCCGGGAGAGCGAGACAACUGCAGGAUCAUACUCCCUUUCGCUAAGAGACGUUGGAGAACAUGGCACUGACAUCAUCAAGCAUUACAAGAUUCGUAACCUGGACAGUGGUGGAUAUUACAUCUCCCCUCGCAACACAUUCCCAGACCUAACCAAACUCAUACAGCAUUACAAAGGACAAGCUAAUGGACUCUGUCGGAAGCUCGGACAGGCUUGUGUGAAACCUGAAGUGCAGACACCCUGGGACAGAGACGCCUGGGAAAUCUCCAAAGACACACUGCGCAUGGUGAAGAGACUAGGAGCUGGGCAGUUUGGGGAGGUGUGGAUGGCGAUGUACAACAACACGACCAAGGUGGCGGUGAAGACGCUGAAGGAGGGCACCAUGUCUGUGGAGGCCUUCAUGCAGGAGGCGGAGCUGAUGAAGGGCCUGCAGCACGAGAGGCUGGUGCGCCUCUACGCCGUGAUCACUAAGACACCCCCCAUCUUCAUCAUCACAGAGUACAUGGCCAAUGGGAGCUUAUUAGAUUUCCUCAAGAGUGCAUCAGGGAAGAGGGUGCUUUUGCCUAAACUCAUCGAUUUCUCUGCACAGAUUGCGGAAGGGAUGGCAUACAUAGAGCAGAAGAGCUACAUCCACAGAGACCUGCGUGCAGCCAAUGUGCUGGUGUCGGAGUGUCUGCUCUGUAAAAUCGCAGACUUUGGCUUGGCACGCAUCAUCGAUGAUGACAUGUACACAGCGAAAGAGGGGGCCAAGUUUCCCAUAAAGUGGACCGCUCCAGAGGCCAUAAACUAUGGUUCCUUCACCAUCAAAUCAGACGUGUGGUCCUUUGGCAUCUUGCUAUACGAGAUCGUAACCUACGGCAGAAUGCCCUACCCAGGUAUGAGCAACUGUGAGGUCAUGGCUCAAGUUCAGCGUGGCUACAGAAUGCCUUGCACAGAGAACUGCCCUCCUGAACUUUACGAGGUGCAGAGGAGCUGCUGGCAACCCAAGGCGGAGGAGAGACCCACGUUCGAGUACCUGCAGAGCGUCCUGGAGGACUACACCACGGCCACUGAGGGGCAGUACCAACAGCAGCCAUAGGCGGGCAGCAGAGAGACAAGACAGGAGCAGCAUUCCAACCACGUCCCUCUGGGCUGCAACAGUGCCCCCCCCGAAUCCCCUGCAGACUUGCCAAGCAAUGCUUUUUAAAAUAUACAUAUAUAUUUAAGGCUUUUGUGCCUUUAUUAUUUGAUAGGACAGUGGAGAACAGACAGGAAAUGGCUGGGAGAGAGAGACGGGGAAGGAUCGGAAAAUGACCCGUGCCAGGAAUCGAACCCCAGUCGCUCGCAUAGCAGCCCAGUGCCCAGCCGUUACAGCCACAGCUGGGCUUCCAAGCAAUGCUUUAAGAGGUAGAACUACUUUGGGAAAUGUUCAUGUCAAAGUAAUUCCUCCCUUCCUUUCCUGAUAGUCCGGGAGCCAUGGGGUUGAACCCAGAUUUCUUCGAUAAAGUUUUUUUUUUUGCUUUAUCUGAUAGAUUUUUGGCAAGUCUUCAAGAUUUCAGAGGAUGCCCGGUGAUAUCCCUUGAACAUUUCCAGAUUUUGAGCCUUUAUUGUCCCAUAAAUGCAAAUUAUGACAAAAAACUAAAGACACCUAAUAUUACUGUGAAUAAUGUUACAAAAUGUACCAAAUUGCUUAUAUUACCUGAAAAACAUUCACAUUGGACUGCCUUAACACUGCCCUUAUUGAAACAAACUCAAUAUGGGGUAAUAAUUAACCCUUUCAUAACAGCAAUCCCACAAAUAAGACGAGACACUGUAGGUGAAUAGGGUAUUUUUUUUAACUUGCAGAUAUCAAUAUGAAACUUUAUCAGAUGAUUACUCGUAUGAAUUGGAGAAAAAAAUGUAUUACAAGUUUUCUAUAUUUUAUGUUUAAAUAUGCUAAUUAGGCUAUUAUCUAAUUAAAUAUGCACUAAUUUGCAUAUAUUUUGAUGCAAUGAAUCUGACCACCUGAAAAUGCCAGCUUCAAAAUUCCUUUUUUAUUUUGUUAAUAUCGUACAUACAAGAAUAUUUACUGUGGUUAAUUGUGGCUAUCUCCUUUUGUUAUCCAGGUACAGAGAAAAUACUGCUAAUAACCUUAAAAAAUGCGAUUUCUGCCUAUUUUUAUGCAUUUAGUUAUAUAAAUCAGGUCAUGAAUGACAAAUCAACAAAUGCCUCAGUAAAAACAUUCACAACAUUGCUUAGAAUAAGACUGUAAAGUAUGGAACGGAUUGUGCAUUAUGAGAUCCUGCAUAACAUCACAUCAUGACAGCAUACAUGACAACAUUGUCGGUAGGUAGCCUACCACAAAUAGCCAACAUGAAAGACCAUACAGCCAUCAAAUAAGACAUGUACAUGCAUUUAAAUUCGCACAGAAAGACCUGUCCACACCCAUACAACAUACAGAGUCCUUAACACCUAAAACACCUAUAGCCAGGGCCGUAUUACCGACCGGGCGAGUGGGGCUGGCGCCCCGGGGCCCAUGGAUCCAGGGGGCCCAGGGGGGGCCCAACAACAAUCCAGAUACCGAUGUCGAUGCUGAUUGCGAUAGAGCCCUCUAUUCUAGGAUAUUCUUUAGUUGUACUUCUUUAGUCUAUAAGGGUUAACUGAAAUGGGCUGGGGGGAGUGACAGCAGUCAGAGGGCCCUCGGCCACAGGACAUAGGAACCAGAGGGCCCCUGGGCCAUGUCGUACAGCAACCAGAGGGCCCCUAGGCCACAGGGGACGGCAAUCAGAGGGCCCCUGGGCCACGGGGGAUGGCAAAGGGCCCCUGAACCACGGGAUAUGGCAACCAGAGGGCCCCUGGGCCACGGGGGACGGCUAUCAAAGGGCCCCUGAGCCAUGGGAUAUGGCAACCAUAGGGCCCCUGGGCCACAGGAAACGGCAAUCAAAGGGCCCCUGGGCUAUGCGGUACGGCGACUAGAGCGUAGUGGAGUGUG